AUGAUGGAUACUUUACGGUGGCAGAGACAGAAGCUUUUGGACCCUGAAAGUGGUGAGCCGACCGAAGACUCGCUUAGAUCUGAUGCUGGUGUUUCAUUAUGUCCAAGUUUAUCGUAUCACGAGCGUUUUAUCGGCUGCAUCACGUGUUUUCUCUUAGGUUUUAUACUGUCGUUGGGCUCAACAUUCCGAUUAGCGAAAUUAAUGCACGGCAAUCCAGCACCUUUUGCCAUCGCUUAUACUAUUGGCAACAUUCUCUCUAUUGGCUCGACCACAUUUUUUGUCGGUCCAUGGAAACAAAUGCAGACAAUGUUCCAUACGAAACGUCGCUAUUCAGCCGUGUUUUACGUCAGUUUUAUCUUUGUAACGCUAUUAUUGUGCUUUUCGCAUCACAUUCAUCAUCGACUGUUCUUCGUCUUGAUUUCGUUGCUCGUGCAAUUCAUGGCUUUGAUUUGGUACACGCUUUCGUACGUACCCUAUGGUCGAACAAUCGCAAAGACUACUUGUAAACGUUUUCUUGGGUUAUCCAAUGACGACGAUAUGUAG